AUUAUAGUUAUUAAUUGGUUGUAACAUAUAGGAAAAAACUAUACUAAUAAUGUUAAAGACAUGAACAAUUUUUAAUUAUUUGGAGAUGAACAUUGUAUGGAAUUUAUUAAACGCAUGCUUGGUAUGGUCACAAGUAAACCCUUCAAAAUUCAAAAUGGCAGUGGUAAAGGGAGAGUAGGCAUAACUGCCUCUAGUUUAAAAGAGCUACGAGAUAAAGGAAAAGUCAAAUUAAACUUAAAAAAUGUUUCUAAAAUAGUUCUAGAGAAUGAUGGAACUGAAGUAAGAGAUGAAAAGUAUUUCAGAUGUUUACCAAGUCAAACAGUGUUGGUUUUUUUGGUAGAUGAUGAAGAAUGGGAUGGAUGUUUAACUUAUUUGAAACUAGCUAGUGAUAAGCUUUUGAAGUAUAGUACCCCUGAUCAAGAAGCUUAUAAAAAAAUCAACAAUUUAUUAUGUGAGCCUCAUUCUCCUGAGUUAUCUCUUUUAUUACAGUAUGUCAAUACUGUUAAUUCAAAUAUUGAUGCAGAACACAAAGAUGAAGAUCCAGAGUGGUUUGAAGGUAUUGCUCCAUCAAUUCAAUCAAAGAGUAAAGUCAUGAAAGAGUCAAUGAAAGGAAGGAUAAGAGGGUAUUUAUGGAAGAGUAAAGAAUUUAUUGAGAAAUCUAAACUCCCUUUAAAAUGUCAAAAAGAAUGCCAACUAAUUAUAUCACUUUUCAAAAGCAAACUUAAUGAAGAUGAUUAUUUUUCUCAUUAUUUUGAUCGAACUUCCCAAAAAGAAGAUCGUCUUUGUGACAAUCGUGGUUGGUUUAGUUGCCAAGGUGCUUUUAAUAAAAAAUUCUGCAAAAUGAGUCAUGCUAUUAAUCCAUAUUCUUCCAAGGACAGUCGUGUUCUUUUUAGCACAUGGAACUUAGACCAUAAAGUUGAGAAGUCUCGUGAAAUUCUACCUCAAUUAGUAAAGGCAAUCAAGGAAUGUCCUCCGGGCAAACAAGUCAACGUCGAAUAUUUUUAUAGACUUCUGUUUACAUCUGAAAAUUUGAAACUUGUUGAUAUAAGAUGUCAUGCAAAGAAAAGACACUCUACUGAGCUGGUAGACAAAGAAAAAACUUAUAUUUAGCAUUCUAUUUUUUACUUUAUUUUUUAGCUUUUUAAUAUCUUUUGUAAGGAAAUUUUUGUAUGAUACUAAAGCAAGCAACUUGUCUCAAGUUAAGUCUCGAGCUCGAGUUUUAAUAAUUGAAUAAUCAGGUGAUCAAGAUGAAAUUUAAUAAAACUUUAUAAUUUUAUUGAGUAGUUAAGUUUAACCAUCAGUUAUUGAAAUUUUUGUUUUACGAUUAUACAAUUGCAGCAUUUUUCUAAUCAAGAAUAUAAACAAAAAUGUAUGUAACCUUGAGACUUUUGAAUAUAAACAAAAAUGUAUGUAAUCUUGAGACUGUCUAAUAUAAAUAUAGAGACGAGAAAUAUCCCAACGA